GGGCUCCAGUCCCACCCCUUUCAUGGGCGUGCAGUUAUGAAGCGUUGGGGCAGCUGCCCUUGGUUCGCUGUAUUGAAGCAGGCCGCCUUGUCAGAAGCGAGCUCAGCCAUGCUGGGCGGGGGGACAUCUGGCCAGCAUGUUUUUCUGGACAGCUCACCUGGUCAGCCUGCAGCUCCCCAUUGCUUACUGCUGGGCUUCCAGCUGCCACAGGGCAGCAUCCUCUCAAGGUUUCAGCCUGCCAGGGGACUUCCUCCUUGCAGGCCUGUUCUCUCUCCAUGCUGACUGUCUGCAGGUGAGACACAGACCCCAGGUGACAAGUUGUGACAGACCCGACAGCUUCAAUGGCCAUGGCUACCACCUCUUCCAGGCCAUGCGGUUCAGCGUUGAGGAGAUAAACAACUCCACAGUCUUGCUUCCCAACAUCACCCUGGGGUAUGAACUGUACGACGUGUGCUCAGAGUCGGCCAAUGUGUACGCCACCUUGAGGGUGCUUGCCCUGCAGGGGACUAGCCACAUAGAGAUGCAGAGAGACCUUCACAACUGUUCCUCCAAGGUGGUGGCACUCAUCGGGCCUGACAACACGGACCACGCUGUCACUGCUGCCGCCCUGCUGGGCCCCUUUCUGAUUCCCUUGAUCAGCUAUGAGGCCAGCAGCGUGACACUCAGUGCGAAACGGCAGUACCCGUCUUUUCUCCGUACCAUCCCCAGCGAUAAGCACCAGGUGGAGGUGAUGGUUCAGCUGCUGCAGACUUUUGGGUGGGUCUGGAUCUCGCUCAUCGGCAGCUAUGGUGAUUAUGGGCAGCUGGGCGUGAAGGCACUGGAGGAACUGGCCACACCACGGGGCAUCUGCAUUGCCUUCAAGGACAUUGUGCCUUUCUCUGCCCAGGUAGGUGACCCAAAAAUGCAGCGCAUAAUGCACCACUUGGCCCAAGCCAGGACCACCGUAAUUGUGGUCUUCUCUAACCGGCACCUGGCUAGAGUAUUCUUCAGGUCCGUUGUGCUGGCCGGCCUGACUGGCAAGGUGUGGAUUGCCUCAGAAGACUGGGCCAUCUCCACGCACAUCACCAACGUGCCUGGGAUCCAAGGCAUUGGGACAGUGCUGGGUGUGACCAUCCAGCAGAGAAGUGUCCCUGGCCUGAGGGAGUUUGAGGAGUCUUACGUCAGGGCAGGAACAGGUGCUCCUAGGGCCUGUCCCGAGGGCUCCUGGUGCAGCGCUAACCAGCUGUGUCGAGAGUGCCAUGGUUUCACCACAUACCGCAUGCCCACGCUCGGAGCCUUCUCCAUGAGUGCUGCCUACAACGUGUACCAGGCUGUGUACGCUGUGGCGCAUGGCCUCCACCAGCUCCUGGGAUGUGCCUCUGAGACCUGUUCCAGGGGCCCAGUCUACCCCUGGCAGCUUCUUCAGCAGAUCUACAAGGUGGAUUUUCUCCUACAUAAGGAUACUGUGGCCUUUGAUGACAACGGGGACCCUCUGGGGUACUACAACAUCAUUGCCUGGGGCUGGAAUGGGCCUGAGUGGGCCUUUGAGGUCAUUGGCUCUGCCUCACUCUCCCCAGUUCACCUAGACAUAAAUAAGACAAAAAUCCAGUGGCACGGGAACAGCAGUCAGGUGCCCAUGUCUGUGUGUACCAGAGACUGUCUUGAAGGGCACCACAGAGUGGUUUUGGGCUCCCACCACUGUUGCUUUGAGUGCAUGCCCUGUGACCCUGGGACUUUUCUCAACAAGAGUGAUCUUCACCUCUGCCAGCCCUGUGGGAAAGAAGAAUGGGCCCCCGAGGGAAGCGCCAGCUGCUUCUCACGCACUGUGGAGUUCCUGGCUUGGUGCGAGCCCAUCUCUUUGGUGCUGCUAGCAGCUAACACACUAUUGCUGCUGCUGCUGGUUGGGACUGCCGGCCUGUUUGCCUGCCACCUUCACACGCCUGUUGUUAGGUCGGCCGGAGGCCGGCUGUGCUUCCUCAUGCUGGGUUCCCUGGCUAUGGGCAGUUGCAGCUUCUAUAGCUUCUUUGGGGAGCCCACGGUGCCUGCAUGCUUGCUGCGUCAGCCCCUCUUUUCUCUCGGGUUCGCCAUCUUCCUCUCCUGCCUCACAAUCCGCUCCUUCCAACUGGUCCUCAUCUUCAAGUUUUCUACCAAGGUACCCACAUUCUACCACACUUGGGCCCAAAACCAUGGCGCUGGUCUGUUUGUCAUUGUCAGCUCCGCGGUCCAUUUGCUCAUCUGUCUCAUGUGGCUUACCGUGUGGACCCCAGUGCCCACUAGGGAAUACCAGCGCUUCCCCCAUCUGGUGAUUCUUGAGUGCACCGAGAUCAACUCUGUGGGCUUCCUUUUGGCUUUUACCCACAAUACCCUCCUCUCCAUCAGCACCUUUGCCUGCAGCUACCUGGGUAAGGAACUGCCAGAGAACUAUAACGAAGCCAAAUGUGUCACUUUCAGCCUGCUCCUCAACUUCGUAUCCUGGAUCGCCUUCUUCACCAUGUCCAGUAUUUACCAGGGCAGCUACCUCCCUGCGGUCAAUGUGCUGGUGGGGCUGACCACUCUGAGUGGCAGCUUCAGCGGUUAUUUCCUCCCCAAGUGCUAUGUGAUUCUCUGCCGUCCAGAACUCAACAAUACGGAACACUUUCAGGCCUCUAUCCAGGAGUAUACGAGGCGAAGCGGCUCUACCUGA